AUGCCUGGAGGCCAGGACGGCCUUUGGGACGCUGAGCGCCUUUGCCAGGGUCCAAGCUUUGGUGAGCAACUCCGCGAUGUGCAAAAGCUCUUCUACGAGUCGGAGUUUGAUUCUGGCGUGUGCAACGUCCCACUGGCCAGAGGUGUGCUUAAAGCAUGGGGGCGGCCUGCACAGAAGGCAGACUCAGGUGCACCGGUGGAGUCACUACCCGGAGCCGUCGAAGCCGGCUCAUUGACUGCAUCGCCACCAGCCUCCGAUGCGCCUCCCACCUCCGGGAGGAGGGCCAGCUCUGCAAGCAGGUUGAGCCAGCGCCUCGCGUCUUUGCAGAUUGAAACCGCCAUCGACACUCCCAAGGAGCAACGGCGGUAUGGCCCCGAGCGCUUCUUCUACGACCAGAAAACUUACACGGGCGUUCACAAGAACGGAUCGCCGACCACUGUGGAAAAGGAGGUGGUUACGCAGAUCUUGCGGGAUCACUCCCCUCGGAGUGCUCGAAGUCGCUCGGCCUCUGUGGCUUCUCUUUCCCCUCGGGCCCGGGCAGCUUCUACAUCGAUGACGCCUCGGGCCAGUGGUGUUUACAACAGCUUCAAACUGGUCUCCCCGGUGGGCGACUCACCUCGAAGAAGAACCAUCGCAGGAGAAAUUGCGGAGGACAACACCCGUUAUGGCCCCGAGCGGUUCUUCUAUGACCAACGCACCUACACAGGCACUCAUCGCCAAGGAGGCCCCCAGGUAGCGGAGCCUCCAGAGCCAGUGCGGAAGGCGUCCACAAUGACGAUGACUCCACGCUCGGCACGCAGCCAGCGCGGCUCCACGGUCUCCUUGGCAUCA